UGCAAGUGUUUGAAAUGUUCACUUGGGUAUGAGAGCAAAGCUAACCUAAAAAGAUUGCUGAUAUAUGAACAAGAAUAAAUAGGCAAAACUAAAAUACAAUGUUCAAUCUCUCCAAAUUGACCCAAAAAUGGAAGAAAAGGGGGAAAAAAAAUCUUCAAAUAGAAUAGAAAAGGGAUGCCACUGCAAAUCUCUCUUCGCUCGCUACACGCUCAUUCCCUCACCCUAUCCGUUCAAUUGGUCUCUCUCCUCCGCCGCACGAUGGCCACUUCCGGCGACAUCCUCAGCCCCUCAACCACCCGCGUCGGCUGGAUCGGCACCGGCGUCAUGGGCUGCUCCAUGUGCUCCCAUCUCAUCAGAGCCGGCUUCAAACUCACCGUCUUCAACCGCACAAUUUCCAAAGCCCAGCCCCUCCUCGAUCUGGGCGCCGAUUUGGCCUCCUCCCCACUCGCCGUCGCCGCCCAAUCCGACGUCGUCUUCUCCAUCGUCGGCUACCCCUCCGACGUCCGCUCCGUUCUCCUCGACCCCACCUCCGGCGCCCUCGCCGGCCUCCGCCCCGGCGGCAUCCUCGUCGACAUGACCACUUCCGAGCCUUCCCUCGCAUCCGAAAUCGCCGCCGCCGCCGCCGCCAAGGGCUGCGGGGCAAUCGACGCUCCAGUCUCCGGCGGCGAUCGCGGCGCCAAGAACGCCACGCUGGCAAUCUUCGCCGGCGGCGACGAGGGUCAAGUCCGGCGGCUGAAUCCGUUGUUUGCCCUGUUGGGGAAGGUGAAUUACAUGGGAGAGAGCGGGAAAGGGCAGUUCGCGAAGCUGGCGAAUCAGAUCACCAUAGCUUCGACGAUGGUGGGGCUGGUGGAGGGGAUGAUUUAUGCGCACAAAGCGGGUCUGGAUGUGGGUUUGUUCUUGAACGCCAUUUCAACGGGCGCUGCGGGGUCGAAAUCGCUGGAUCUGUACGGGAGCAGGAUAUUGAAGAGGGAUUUCGAAGCUGGGUUCUUCGUAAACCACUUUGUGAAGGAUCUGGGAAUCUGCCUGAAGGAGUGUCAGAAUAUGGGGAUUGCUCUUCCGGGAUUGGCAUUGGCUCAGCAGCUUUAUCUGUCGCUUAAGGCUCAUGGGGAAGGGAAUUUGGGCACUCAAGCGCUCAUCUUAUCCCUGGAGCGCCUCAACGACGUCUCGCUUCAAUCUUCCGCCGCCGCAUCUUCUUGAAUGUGCCGCCGUUUGUGGUCUAUUUGGCUGUAAAUUGUGGUUGUUUUGUGGCCAUUUUGUUGUUCGUACAGUUGCAAAUAACCAACUUGUGAAGGCUUUCCAUGUGAGAUUGCGUUCAGUUGCUUGGGAAAUUCUGUUUACUACUAUUGCUUCAGUUGAUAAGCCUUUAUAUAUUUCUGCUCACUGAAAAGGUUUUCGUUCAGUUAUUAUUAUU